UCUCACCAGCUCCGUUGCGGACACGUUUUACGAAAAGAGGAGCGAAUUUUAAAAAGGAGGAGAAAAAUGGGGAGUGAUUUGUUUAGCGAAUCUGAAACGUGGGUUUCUUCUGUGAACGGAAUUCGAGAGGAACCAGAUGAUGAAAUCUCCAUUGAAGUAGAGGAAGGAGUUGUGUCGGAUUCGGAUUUGGAUGAGUCGGAUCAAAUGGGAGUGAAGAAGAAGAUGAAGAUGAAGAAGAGGAAUCAGGUUUUGCUUGAGGGAUUUGUGGAGGAUGAGGAUGAUUUGAUGAGGACGAAGAGCUUAACGGAUGAGGAUCUUGAUGAGCUUAAGGGAUGUGUGGAUCUAGGGUUUGGUUUUAGCUACGAUGAAAUUCCGGAGCUCUGCAACACUCUGCCGGCGUUGGAGCUCUGUUAUUCUAUGAGUCAAAAGUACAUGGACGAUCACCAGAAGUCGCCGGUGAGCUCACCGGCCUCGGCGGCACCGGUGGAUUCGUGUUCUUCUGUGUCGAGUCCGAUUGCGAAUUGGAAGAUCUCCAGUCCUGGUGAUCAUCCUGAAGAUGUUAAGGCAAGGCUCAAAUUUUGGGCUCAAGCAGUGGCAUGUACUGUUAGAUUAUGCAACUAAGAACACCAUGGAAUGGAAGUUUUGGUUUGUUAGAGAGAAGUGAAUACGUAUUUUUGCAGUAGUAACCUUUAGCCUUAUGGUCGACGACGUUGCGCGCGUCUGAGAAAGAUGGAACGAACGAACGGAUCGGUUGACGAGUCUGACUUACGAAGAAGGAGAAGAAGGAGAAGAAGAAGAGGAAUGUGUCAGGUUUGAGAUUAACCAUACAUCAAAAUGAGUCUGACUAAGAUAGAGUUUGUAAAAUAUGUAGUUCUUUUUGUACAUUUGAGAAUAAAUUAGCAUGAGUUCAUCAAUUCUAUAUCUCCUGUUUGUUUUGGUUUAAA